GUGGUGUGGCGCGCUUCCACGUCUCGUCCUCGCUUAGCAUCCGUAAAUGCUACAGACCUAUCAAUCUUGACCAUGUAGGGAAGCAAUGCGAUCGAGUGGACUGGCAAGAGGGAUCACAGACAAGCCAAAGCUUUGAGCCUCACUCGAGAGAGGUCCCGCAGUCCACUCUUGUUUACCCAGGUUAUCAAACCACACCUCAUUCCCUAGCAUGUCUCAAGCUGGAGGACGUGUAGCAGCACCAUGAUGUUCAGCUCGAGAAGUUUCAGCUUACAGCCAAACAGAAAUCCACUUUGACCAUGCAUGUGUAAAUCUUGUCGGACAAUCCCAGAGUGCUCGAAACGGGGCAGGUUGCCACAGACUGCUCAGACGUGUUCCCAUAGAGCCAAGAUCACAUUGUCGAACAAGCUGUCAUCUCUCGUAUCGAAGAGAAUUUCCCUUUGUCGAAGCCCAGCUCGGUUUGCCAGGUUCACUGCAAAGUUCAGGUCUCGACACCCAAGCAUGGCGAUUCUCCGUUUGUGUAUGAGCACUGCCACUGAAAGACAGUCUUUGAUUCCAUCUCAACAUGAUCACAGCAACUGCCAUGACCCGCCAGAGAGGCAGUAUGCCUUGCCAAGGCGCAAACGGACAAAGUACAUCUACAAAAGCCGCUCGCCAUCUCAUAAAUAUGAGGAGACAUUGCAUAUCCCCAAGAAGAGGAGGCAGUGUGUUUGGCGUUCGGUGCUCACCAGUCGACCAGAAUUCUCCAACUCCGUGAGGGGAGUGGUAUAUUCUGGGAGAUGAUUAACGCAACUGGUCGGAUGACUCUUGUCCGCGUUAGCCGACAGAGACUCGACGCCUGAAGCAUGAUGCUGUGGCGCGCGCUUGUGGUGAUCCGCAAGUCGUUCGUAGGGGUGGAGAACUGAGUGGCUUUUCGCCGAGGCAAUAUCGCGGAUAUGAGAAGUGGUCAGGACAUCUCCGUCAAAGUCAUCGUUGCGUAGAACAGGGUCAACAGAAUCGGUGCAAGAAGGUCCGUGUUUGCGUACUAGAUCCAAGUUACUCGGCAUCGAGCAUGACCUUUUCCGAAUUCAACUCACACGCUCAAACAGACCGAAACUGCUUUGCUGGCGG